CUUCCUUCGCCACUCCUGUCCUCGUCGGCUCUCACAUUUUCUCCCACUUCCUCUUCUUCGAACAGAUAUUCCUUCCUAACUCUUUAGUAUCUGAUCCUCUCUGUUCCUGAAACACCAUGAUGCUCCGGGCUACGCCUGCCUUUUCUCUUUACAAGCCUCCUCGUGGCGAGUCUCUAUUUUCCUCUGUUUCAUCCCAGUCUUCAUAUCCGUUUCCCCCUCUACACUCUUCCGCUUCUCUGGUUCCAAGCCUCCGCUUUUCUCCAGCGAAGAAAGAAAGUGCCUUUUCUGUCUGUACGGCUUCAAAGGGUACGAACGACCGGCCCCUCAUCGGUGUCGUUUUCGAGCCCUUCGAAGAGGUCAAGAAGGAGCUCGACCUCGUCCCCACCGCCCCACAAGUCUCCCUCGCUCGCCAGAAGUACUUGGACGAGAGCGAGGCCGCUGUUAAUGAGCAGAUAAAUGUGGAAUACAAUGUCUCCUAUGUUUACCAUGCCAUGUUCGCUUACUUCGAUAGGGACAACAUUGCGCUGAAGGGUCUUGCAAAGUUUUUCAAGGAAUCGAGUGAAGAAGAAAGGGAACAUGCGGAGAAAUUGAUGGAAUAUCAGAACAAACGAGGUGGAAGAGUGAAACUGCUGUCUAUAGUAAUGCCACCUUCUGAAUACGAUCAUCAAGAGAAGGGAGAUGCGUUAUAUGCCAUGGAGCUUGCACUGGCUUUGGAGAAGCUUACAAAUGAAAAGCUCUUCAACUUACAGAGUGUGGCUGCACGUAAGAAUGACGUGCAGUUGGUGGAUUUUGUUGAAAGCGAGUUUUUACGUGAGCAGGUGGAAGCCAUCAAGAAAAUGUCGGAAUAUGUUGCUCAGUUGAGAAGAGUUGGCAAAGGACAUGAAAAGAAGAAGAAGAAGAAGAAGAUAUUUUUCCUGCUCUCUAAACUGGUUGGUUCGUGGAUUUUCAGGAGUCUGGCACUUUGAUCAGAUGUUGCUUCAUGAGUAGGGAGCGGUAGAUGCAAUUGCCGCUUGAUGAUGACUCUGUUUUGUUUCUUUCUGGUUUAAUUGCUGCUUGAUGAUGACUCUGUUUUGUUUCUUUGUGGUUUAAUUGCUGCUUGAUGAUGACUCUGUUUUGUUUCUUUCUGGUUUAAUUGCUGCUUGAUGAUGACUCUGUUUUGUUUCUUUCUGGUUUAGUGUUAUGAGUAUUCUAUCAA